AGAAAUUUGGCAUUCAAUUGGAUUAUUCUAAGAUCCGGUAAAUGGGUUCCCGAGAGAAUUCAUUCACGGCAUCACCCGAGACGGAGGAGUUUCUCUGCGAUCGACUGUUGGACCAAAACCAGCCUAUCUCGGAGCGCUUUAGAGCCCUUUUCUCUCUUCGCAACCUUCGUGGCCUUCGUCCUCGCAACGCACUCAUCGCCGUGCAUUUGCAUUCCCAGGUUGGAGUGGAAAGUCCAAGCAACAAGAGAUCCCUCAAACCUGCUGGCUCAUGAAGCUGCAUUUGCAUUGGGUCAAAUGCAAGAUAGUGAUGCAAUCCCUGCUUUACAAAAAGUUCUUAAUGAUCUUUCUUUGCAUCCCAUUGUUCGCCACGAGGCUGCUGAAGCUCUUGGUGCGAUUGGUUCAGAGGCCACUAUUGAUCUUUUAAGGAAGAGCUUGGUUACAGAUCCAGCUCCGGAGGUCCAAGAAACAUGUGAAUUGGCUCUUAGUAGAAUAGAAGAACUGAAGAAUCACCAGCAUGCUGAUGGACCGGCAGAACCAUCCCCCUUUUUGUCUGUUGACCCUGCUGCACCUGCUUCCUGCUCUUCUGUUGAUAAAUUAAGGGAAGUUCUUUUGGAUGAAGAGAAAAGCAUGUAUGAGCGUUAUGCAUCUCUUUUUGCUCUUAGAAACCAUGGAGGAGAAAAAGCUAUUGCUGCUAUAAUUGAUUCUUUGGGUGCAAAGAGUGCUCUCAUGCGACAUGAGGUUGCUUAUGUGUUAGGCCAAUUGCAAAACAAAGCUGCUUCAGAUGCACUUUCCAAGACACUCAAGGAUAUAAAUGAACACCCGAUGGUUAGGCAUGAAGCUGCUGAAGCUCUUGGUUCUAUUGCAGAUGACCAAUGCGUAGCACUUCUCAAGGAAUUUGUAAAUGACCCCGAACCUAUUGUUUCUCAGAGCUGCGAAGUUGCCCUCAGCAUGCUGGAAUUUGAGAGAUCUGGCAAAUCUUUCGAGUACCUCUUCACGCAGACACCUCAAGUUGAGGAAGUUUCAUCA